AUGCUUGUAACCAAUCCGAUGAAUCGUGCCACACUUUCUGAGGUGAUGAAUCAUUCGUGGAUGAUCAAGGGUUACGAUGGUCCUCCUGAAAAUUAUUUGCCACAAAGGAGUCCUCUUACACUUCCCCUAGAUCCCGAAGUGAUUCGUCGGAUGACUGGUUUCGAGUUUGGCACAGAACAAGAGAUCAAAAGGCGUUUGGAAGCUAUCGUCAAAAGUGAUUCUUAUCAGAGUUCAAUCAAAACACAAUAUUACAAUCACGGGUCUUUUGAUAAUAGGAAAAGGAGCAAUGGUCUUUCUGAGUACUACCGUAGAAAAUUAUCAGGCUCGAGUGGCUCGAUCCAUGAAGAUAGAUCUAUCACGGCAGACCCUACUCAAGCGGUUCACCCACUAAUUUCAAUUUACUACCUUGUAAAGGAAAAAAUUGAGAGAGAACGUUUAAUACAACAAGGCGGUAUCCCCAGAUUUGGUUCGUCGUCCUCUCUUUCUGAGGUGAACAACAGCUUACAAAUACCCCAUGUUCCCGUACCUGAUCCUUCACAUGUCAGUGAUACUGGCUUCAAUGCUAAUAGCUCGGUAGUUAGACGCGCGACUGUUCCCGGAACUAGGCCUCGCACACGAACAAGUGGAGAGGAGUUCACAAAUAUAGCUUCAGUCGAGGAAGGGGAAAUUCCUGAGGAGACUAUGGAUGAGGUUAGUGGUGAGUUGAAUUAUGGCAGAAAGAGUAGUGAACAACCAUCAAGCGGCGGUGGCUCUGGCGGAGGACUAAUGAAACGCUUGAGUUUAGCAAUUGUUGGUUCUCCACGUGAAUCCGUUUCACCACCAAUCUCUCCUACCUCAUCGGCACCAUCUUCCCCAAGAAACCAGUCGGAGCAUCGACGUCAUGGAUCAACGCCAAAUGGUCCCAAAAGAGAUGGCUCCAGCCAUCUCUCUCACAGGCUCUCCCACAUGUUGUCAAGAGCUACGUCAGUUUCAGAGGCAGACUAUAGACGUCAUCGACAGAGAAACUCCGUUGGAAAUAACCGAUUAUCUCACACGCCCAGUGGAAGUAGCGCAGAUAGGAAUCCUACUGCAAAAAUUCCCGUCGGUAUCUUGCCUCAACUGGCUGAGCCAUCAUCGACAAUUGAUUCACAGUACGAAAGAACGGGCUACGUCCCAUCGACAAAUUCGCCCCGUUCGGUGCACCAACGAAGUACGUCGGGUGGAAAUCAAAUGACCAUCAGCGUAUCACCUAAUACACAACGUAAGACUGAAGACUUUAAUUUUCCACCAUCUUCAUCCCCACACUCUCCAUUACCCGGUGGUACCGCCGACUCCGGGAUUCGACCGGUUUAUCUGAAGGGUUUAUUUAGUGUGGCGACGACUUCGACAAAACAUCCAUCGGUCAUUCGACAGGAUCUCAUAAGGGUUCUGGAUCGAAUUGGCGUGAAAUGGCGUGAAGGUCGAGGAGGAUUCGAAUGCGUACAUAUACCAAGCAUAGACCUAAAAUCUGUUGUUAGUUCAAAUGGUGGGAAAGGUGAACAACAAAUUACAAAUCAUCAUCACGCUCACUUUAAUCGACACGAGCGUAGAGAUAGUCAUUCGUCGGGAAAUUCGGCUGCAUCUACUUCAUCUUCAACUUCGUAUAGGGACAGUUAUGCUCAAGGGCAGGACCUUCAUUUUUCGGCUGAUGGCGAAGUUCGACUUUCGCUAUCACCUGCCGUCAAUAGGUAUAGUGAAAAUCUUAAUUACAGCAGUGGUAAUGAUCCAUCGACUGCUAAUGUUACAGACCUCGUUGUACGAUUUGAAAUUUUUAUUGUAAAAGUACCAUUAUUGCUCGGGGUUCACGGGUUACAAUUUCGCAGAGUUGCGGGUGAUCCGUGGCAAUACAAAAAUAUGUGUUCGAAAAUUCUUGGAGAGCUGAAAUUGUAG